UCUGUUUUUCUUUCGGUUUCUAGAUAACACGCAGUUCUAAAUCGAAGGCAUAAAAUCUACAAAAAAGUUCUCAUAAAGUUCAAUUAAAAUUUAAUUAAAAAAUAAUAAUAAUAAUGUCUCUUACACGAGCAUCUCGAAUUUUGCAAAGCCAAAUUAAGCGAGUACAAUCUGUGCCAGCUGCAUUUUAUCAUGAAAAUGUAGUUGAACACUAUGAAAAUCCUCGUAAUGUUGGCUCUAUGGACAAAAAAGACAAAAACGUCGGCACUGGACUUGUGGGUGCUCCGGCUUGUGGCGAUGUAAUGAAAUUACAAAUUAAAGUCGAUGAGAAUGGUAAAAUAAUCGAUGCCAAGUUCAAAACUUUUGGCUGUGGGUCGGCCAUUGCCUCAAGCUCAUUGGCCACCGAAUGGGUCAAGGGCAAGACAAUCGAUGAGGCUGGCAAGCUCAAGAAUACGGACAUUGCAAAGGAAUUACGUCUUCCCCCUGUAAAAUUGCAUUGCUCUAUGUUGGCUGAAGACGCAAUCAAGGCUGCUUUGGCUGACUACAAAGUAAAGCAGCAGGGAAGUGAUGCGCAAUAAAGACAAAUAAUAGAUAGGAGUGUUAUGGAUGGAUGAAGCCGUUAAUAGUUGAUUCUCGGCGAAUAACUGCAGAGCGAGAUAUUUUUCUAUAGGAAACCUAUUAAUUAUUGUAUUUUUUAAAAACGUUCAUUAUUUAGAAAUUAGAAACUGUUUUUGAACUGAAAAAAUAAAUUUAUAAUGCUUCUUUCCGCUUCUUGACAUUGAGUGGUUGAACGAACUCGUUUCUAAGGAUGUAAGUUAGCUACAACCAGAAGAUUUGAUUAAACUUAAAAAGUUCAUACAAAUUAUUAGCAAGAUAAAUAAAAAGCAUACAAAUAAAA